CUGCACACUCGAAUUAGAAAAGAAACGGCAGAUAUUCUGGCUACGCACCAAGAACCUCUCUAGAAGGUAACGACAUUGUCUACCGCCAAGUGCUUCAUGUCAGCGGACAGGGUCUCUUCGUUGCUUGCUCAUUAUCGAAGGAGAAGGCCGUUAUGGAAGCAGUGGUCUUGGUAUAGACGCCCCGUCGUCAUCGUGGUCAGAGGUCAAAGCCGAUAUCACACAGCCACCAUCCACCUUUGCCUGUUACGAUCACCACGUCCGACAACGAAGAGGGAUAUUUGUUCUGGAUCCAUUACUCGAGUUGGAGACCUCCCUCGUUUCUGCCGUUGUCUGCGAAAUUUUUUACUUCUCCCCGUGAGGCGGCGUAAAAUGGAAGACCAGGCCUCGCUUUGUACCCUCGUCGCGCAAGUGACGGAUGCAUUUUCUCCUUCUCCUGCCCUCGUGUUGCCUUCAAGAAGCUAACGUACAGGCCUCGACGUGCGAAUUACGACAAGUCAGUACU